GGCCUAUUAGUAUUUCUUAAGUUUUGAGCAUACGCCCAGUUCUCAACCACACAGAACUUUGCAUUUUAGACUCGCAGUAUUUUUUAACUGCCACUAUCAACCAUGAGCAAGGAGAAGACUGGUGACAUUCCAAGAAUUACCCCUCUCCAAAUCGCAUUAGGUUAUCCGCGGUCCAGUUCCGACAGCAAAUUUUUCGUGCAGGCGUAUAAGAAAUUCAUCGAGGGCUACAGGACCUGCAAUGGAGCGCCUGGGGUUUCUCUGAUCAGAUGGAUCGAUAAAACCCAGAGAGAGGAGCUCGAGGCUAUGGCGAAGAGAUUCGCAAUUGUAGAAGGUCGAGGACAGCAGUUCUGGCCAGCAAGUGAGAGCUCUUCUUCUGGGGACUCCUUGGUAUGGGAACGGGAUACAGAAAAAAUCAUCAAGCUGCUUGCUCAGCUCUUCUUCCGUCACAAUCAGCAAGAACACCAAAAGGGUCCUAGCUCACCAUCCAAGAAGAAACAAGCUAUACGCCACGAGAGGCACAGAUCUCAAACAAUUGGACAAAGUACCGUGGUAUCACCAUCCAUGCCAAGCGAGGAAAUGGACACAGACCUAUGUAACGAAGUCGAUUCGGAUGAUGACCUUCCAGACAUAGACGAUAUUCUUCUACGCCCUAUGAGGCCAGAUAACAAAACUUCAUCGGCAGGCAACGUGAGCAAUACUACGCCGCCACCUCAAGCCUCCACAACUGCCAUAAAUACUCCGAGCCAAACUGCAAUCUCUUUUGAACCAACUGCCCCUAUCGCUCAGAUGACUGAACACCUAGAGGCCACCACCGUGUCUGAGACAGUCACUCGAGCUAUAGAUGGCUUUCCUGAGAAAUACACUUCAUCAGGCCGCAGCUGUCGACCAGUCCAGCGCCUGAAUUUUGUCGAAACACCAACCUUUGACACGGAGGAUGAUUCUCAGUCCGUGUCACCACCUCCUAGUCGACAAAGUGAUCCGGGAUCCCGUGUUAGCCCAGAACUUGGUACAGAGACUCCUGGGGCUUCUCAUGUCGGAGCUUUGCAGAACCCUCGCGCUACGUCAGAGCCAAUGCCCUUUGAUAGAACUCAGCUGGCUACUGAGGAUAUAACCCCUGUAAUAGAGGCAAAUCAAGCGACGAGAGCUAUGCCUCCCCCUCCUCUCCCUCAGGCUACAUAUCAAACACCAGAGGCUACUACUAGAAGACCACGAUACGAAAUUAAAUACAGUGUCGAAAAGUCACCCGGAAACUUCACUCUAUGGGAGCAUUACGACACAUUCGGCCGCAUGCCAAUGUCAGAGUUUCAAUUUAUGCAUGGCUUCAAUGAUAUUGACGCUGUACGAUUUGUUGUUCAGCGCGAAGGUAGGAGUUGGGAUGAUAAAGUCUAUAAAAAUGACGACGUUGCAUUUCAGGAUAUGAAAGUUCGCUUCCGAGGCCUAAUCAAAAAUGAUUUGGAUAGCCUUGGCCCCGACACUGUUUAUGUUCCAUACGAUAUCUGGAUCAUUCCAAUUAGGAGUUCCGAAACUGAGGGAAAGUAUUUUCGAGAGCAGUCGAUCACGCUGUGAUCCUCUCGUCCUUGUCGGUCAGGGCCCAAUCUUUUCAGAGGAUUCAACAGGGUUAGGAAAACACUCUUUUAGCAAGCGAUAUCUCUUUCAGUGGCUUCUAGUCUCUUAGUAUAGCACAGUCCUUCUCGUAGGUAUUUCCCGAAUGAUAGAUUGAUACCCCUUUGCGGCGAGUCCUGUUAUGGUAACGUGGAAAGUAGAUAGUGCUAGUCCCUAGCUUAUGGCCAGAGUCUUUCUCAAAGCUCGCCUUCCUUGACCAAC